AUGCAGACCACUACAACGACAGCAGUUGUUAACGAUCAGGUUCAAUUCCAGGUCUCGCCGUAUAUACUGAUAUGUAUCAGUAAUAAGAAUAGGCACAAUAGCCUUAUCCCAUGCGAACUGGAUCAAAAGAUUAAGAAUAUGGAGGGCACUACCAACGGCGGCUGGAAGAUAGCAAAUGGUGACCUCUUACAAUGGCCAGUGGUGAAAACAAUGGGGCUAGAAGGAACGUACACUUCUAAGAAGCAUAUUCCUAAUCCACCCUUCCGCUACUAUUAUGCUAACACUAUGGCGCUUGAUCCAAAUAUCAAUCACUACCUCCCACACGACACUGACGAAAGAUCAUAUUUGGAGCCAUUCACAAACUUCGCACCUCCAGCUCAAGAUGAUGUUUUCCUUGCCCUAACGAUGCCGGAUGUCGGUGCCCUCGGAGAAUCCUCUAAUAAGACCAAUGUCUACGGCAAAUGCCUCAUAGAACUGUCGUUGGGCGUUACGUUCAUGACUAAGCCUGUCGGUCACGAACACCUGGAGAAGGCUAUACCUCUAAUUAAAGCAGAUCUGUCUUCAAUUAACCAAUAUUCAUACUCGUGUUAA